AUGGGUAAGGAGUUCUUUGUGGUUCCAAGGUUUUGGCACAGCUGGUUUUUCUCCAUAGGGGUGGAGCUCCUCCUUCUUUUCUCCUUGGUUUUCAAAAUAGAGCUUGCACCGGAAAAUGAGAUAGGUGGAGCUUUUGUCCGCUGGCUCUUCUUCCUACACUCAAGGAUUUCUGUUGAUCUCUGUCAUGGCUUCCUAUUUGACCAUCUUGGAGUCUUAACAAGGAUGGAGCACGGCGCCAACUUUUCUACAAGUCGCUAG